AUGUGGCAGAAGAAAUACGAACGAGAAUACGAGUCAGGGGAUGAGAAGGAAAACAGAUUUGAGAUUUUCAAAAGCAAUUUCAAGUAUAUCAUGACGAAGAAUGCCAAGACAACAUCCUACCGUUUGGGUUUGAAUCAGUUCUCAGAUUUGACUUUCGAGGAAUUCAGCAAAACAUACUUGGGUCAUCAGCAACCCAUAAUUGAAGACAACAUCGACAAUGAUGGGAACAUGGAAUCCCACAAUGAUUUCUGUCCAGAUGCACCUCCUUCCAUUGAUUGGAGAGUCUUCGGAGCUGUAACUCCUGUUAAAAACUAA